AUGUGGAAAACAGUCUUUCAAAUUUUGCUUUUGGUAAACUAUAUCCUUUGUGACCCCACUGGUCUAGCAAUUCUCGGCCUAUCGUGGACUUACGAUAACCCAGAUUCGCGUUACGAGAGCGGACGUACAUGCCAAAUGAAAGCAGAAUCGGGAUGCAAUGUUCAUUUCCAGUUGUGUUUAUGGGAUGAAUCAAGGAGACUAACGAAAAGCUGCAAUCUCUAUCAUGGCACAACGAGCGAAUACAUGCAAAUGGUUAGAGUUGCGGACAAAAUCAACCUUCGGAUUUCCCAACCUGUGCCAAAGGAAUAUGGUCUCCGCAUUAAGGUCGUUGGCAGGGUGCAGCUCGACCUGUUUCGUCCAAUCGGCUCAUUUGAAGCCCCCAGAUUCACCAUUCGGGCAAACGGCAACCGGACAAAGGUGAUGUUAAAAAGAACGCAACACGGGUCAAGGAAUCCAAAUGUUGAGAUAACAGCUUCGCUUCAGCUCACCUGUGCGCCUCACUUUUACGGAAGCUAUUGUCAGAACUAUUGCAAGCCAAAUACAUCGCACUACAUAUGCAAUUCGGAUGGACAAAGGAUCUGCCGAUAUGAUCCCCACUGCCAACAGCUUGUCAAUGGAUGCAAUUCAUCACAAUGCACCAGUUGGGACGUCAGUACGACGAAAAUACUCCCUGUCACCACGACACAGUCCACCCAUCGAUUCAGACCAUACAUCAGCACGACCACGAAGAGACCAAGCACGAUUGCUAGACAGCAGGUUAUCCAUUCUAGUCAAAGUUCUACAACUGAGCAUUCUUCUACAACCCUGACCUCCAAACUGUACAAAAAUGAUCCUGGGAUGACGACUCAUCAACAGCUCAUCUAUAGUGAUUCAGCUUCCCCUUCUUACCAGCACUCCGCAACUCCGGUCUCCGAAAUAGGAACACAGGCGUAUCAAGAAGACCUUUACAUUGACCUUGUUCCUACGACCAAACCUUUCACGGAAAUUUCGAGCUCUGAACUAGAUUUUCAGAAUUCAGUAGAAGCAACUCAUGAAGUAAUGGGUGGAUUCGGAGCCACAGCGCAAGCGGCUGUGAACAGUUUGCACCAGAAUCACUCGAGAUCUGAAAACCGUGCAGGUUUAUACACAUCACUGGCUAUUCUGCUUACGCUGUGCGCACUGCUGAUGUAUUUUUGUAUGCCUUUGUUUUACGAUGCGAUUGAUCGUACGCCCGCGAUAUUCGAGAACAUACGAUAUUCAUUCGUCCAUAUUCGGACUUCUAUACUACGCGUACAUUCGGUAGUUAAGAUACCUACCACUAUUCUAAUUAUCAAAUUUGGCGUCGCGAUCCGGACUUUUUUCUCUUCAUCACAAUGUUACCUGAAUUGGAAUCGCUCAGAUGCUUAUGCUCUUGUGGAGAAUUUAUCUUUCCCUCCGGCGCCGAUCGAUUGCACAUUCGAUGUUCUAAAGAACUUAAUUCUCACCUAUUUUGUGGCCGCAGAGAGAGCGAAAUUCAAAUCGCUUAUUCGACCCGAAUCUCAGAGUAUUCGUGAUUUUGUCCUCCAACUGCAAACACAGGCUGCAAAAUGUGACUACGGCCAACAACUUGAAAGCCAACUGAGUGAUCGCCUCAUUGCCGGAAUUAAUCUUCCAGAUCUACAACAAAAGCUCCUAGUACAGACUGAUCAACGCUUCAUAUCGAUCAGAAAAAUUUGCGAGCAAUACCAGGAUGUUAAAGAAGUAACCAAAUGCAACGAGACCGUUUUAUUUAAUGCACUAAAGUCGAAAGGGCUGGAAGGUCGCCCACACGGUAAAUUUGAAACCAAUAUGCGUUAUCAUAACAAAAACAACCAACUGAAUUCGAACAUUCAAAAUCGUCAAAUACGCCAACCAAAAAAAGUUCUUGGCAAAUGUGCUUCGUGUGGACAGGACCACUCCAGAUAUACUUGCAUACAUUGCCAAUCAAAAUGUUUUUCGUGUGGUAAGAUUGGGCAUAUUCAGAAUGUAUAUCGUUCUGAUGAGCAUGAAACAAACACUGAACCUGACGAUCCGACGUUGGGAAGAUCCGAACGAUUGAGAUUCCAACCUAUUAGAGACCAUAAACACCCGCACGCUCAUUCAAUGUGUGGUGGAUGUGGUGAACAUUUACUCUAUUCUAUUCAUUCUGUUUA